GUGACACGAGCCCUAAUUUCACUUCAGUAUAGGUCCGGUUCUAUCUUCUGUCUGGUUGUCUCGAAAUGGGUCUCUUAAACUUGGGUCUUUUGACCCUGGCGAGCUUUGCAACCUGCCAGUUUACAGAUAUUAGCUUAGAACCUACAAUUUUUGAAAGCACCAUAUUACCUCAACACGAGAAUGGAACCCUGCUACCUCGAUAUUUUGCGUCCGUGGGUAAUGGUCACAUUAGCACGACCGUUAACACCGAUACAGUUUAUUUGAAUGGUUUAUACAAUGGCGAAAGGGGAGAAAGUCACCGAGCAAGAAUUCCAUCACGAAACAACAUUCGGGCAUAUCCACCCACGGACGAAGGUUCAGUCACUGAACGACUUUUUGGGCUUAAUGUGGCGGAAGGAUUUUUCUAUGAAAAAUACAACGUGAAAGGCUACACUGUAGAGCAUCGAACUUUUGCCCAUCGGUAUUUUACCCGAGUUAUCAUGUCCAUGUUUUUGCUCAAGGCGACAGCUUCAGCAGACCCUGCUGGCGUUACCAUUGCAUUCGAAUCUAAUCCGGGUGAUCCAAGCGCUGAUAUCACUUUCCAACCGGAAAUGCCUUUUGAAAGUAAUCAUACUUUAGGAGCAGUGUCUCAAUGUGGAGAAACGCGAAUUCGCGAAGAUGUCAAUUAUCCUCAAAGUACCGGCGUUUGCGUUGUACACGAUACUCUCCCCAUUUCCGUAACUCUUACACCAAGCAGCAACCUUACAUUAUACUACCUGGCAUCUUAUGACUUUACCUUGGAAGAAGCUGGUUCUGAUUUUAACGAUGCUCUUAAAUACGCAUUUGACGACGGGGGCGGUGAUCUUUUUGUACUACACUCGGCCGCUUGGAGAUCUGUAUGGACGGAUGGGAAGAUCGAAGUUGAUGGAAAUCUCGAAUUGUCCAAAAUUAUUAAUGGAUGCCUUUACUACAUUCUAUCUGCUCUACCCGUCUCCACAGUCCCGAACAUUGUCCAACGUCAAUUUUAUGGUCUAAGCCCUGGAGGCUUGGCCUAUGGCGACUAUCUGAUGGACUAUCAAGGCCAUUCGUUUUGGGAUACGGAAACUUGGAUGUUUCCUUCCAUUCUGUAUUUAUAUCCCAGGGCAGCUGAACAAAUGCUGAAUUAUCGUCUCUCUGUUAUCGCCGCUGCUCGAGACCUUGCCAAUCAAACGGGAUAUGCGGGAGCUCGUUAUCCUUGGGAGGGAGCAGUCACUGGGCGGGAAGUGACGCCGGAUUGCUGUGUCGAUACUCGCGAAUUGCAAAUCCACAUAACUGCAGAUAUUGCAUAUGCAGUCCGACAAUAUAUUGCGACGACUAGAGACAUGAACUGGUUACGACAAACGAAACCUGGCUAUAUUGCCAAUGGCUGUACUAUGAUUCGUGAAAUGGCAGAAUUCUACACCACGAGGGCCGAAUUUAACACAACUACACGACUACAUGAUAUUAACGGAGUUAUGCCUCCAGAUGAAGAUAACAGACCUGUAAAUAAUAACCCCUAUACAAACAUUGGUGCUGGAUAUUCCAUCUUUUUUGCCAAAUAUGCAGAAUGCCUGUGCGCUGGUGAUAUGACUCAAGUACCUCAAGCAUGGGUGGACUUGGCUUCGUCAAUAAAACUUUUAUACGACGAAGAACUCGACUACCACCCAGAGUUCGAAGGAUAUGUACUCGGCACACCAAUCAAGCAGGCUGACGUAGCUUUAAUAGGGUUUCCCCAACAAUAUGAAAUGGCCGCAUCCACAAGAAGAAAUGAUUUGACCAUUUAUGAAAAUGCUACGAGACCUGACGGUCCAGCCAUGACCUGGGCAAUGCACACGAUAGGAUUCCUAGACUUGAAUGAUGUGACUAAAGCCGCAGAAUUGUUUGACAAAAGUUUCAGGAAUUAUAUUCGAGAACCUUUCAAGGUUUGGACUGAAGCACAACCCCCAACUCUAGGUGCCAUUAAUUUUAUCACUGGGAUGGGAGGUUUUCUACAAGGAGUCAUUUCCGGUUAUGGUGGUUAUCGUCUUCACCCUGAAAAAAUUGUUUUUCAACGUCCCAGGGUCCCACCAAAUUCAGAAGAGUUGAGAAUUAAAGGUUUGGACUACUUAUCUAAUUCAUUCGACUUGACCGUGCGCAACACCUCAUUUACUCUGACGAUGGUCCGAAGCAACAUUAAUUUCCCUUUGAACGUGGAACAUGACGGAGUUAUUUAUCCGUUCCAGGAGAACGGCGUAUCACUCGGAUUUGGAACAACUCAAUUCACCAGCGUUUCAAUGUACACCAUUCGCCAAACUAACUGUCCCCUUCCCCUGGAUAAAAUUGGCACACCUCUUCCAUAACUUGAUCCAUGAACUUUAUUACAUUUAUGUCAAAUUAAUGAGUGACUAAAAAAUAAAGGAAAAACAUUUAAUCAGGAGAA